AUGGCGCAUGUCUGUACAGUGACAAAAGGUCCAUACAUACCAUGGUCUCCCGAAGAAGAGGAAAACCUUCCGAAAUGGGUGCCGCGCUAUCAGCGUCAGGGCCUUCCCUGGAAGGAAAUAGAGCAAGAGUACGUUCGACAAUUCAAGAUCCCACGAUCAGCACACUCGAUACGAGGGAAAUUGGAUCAACUGCAGAAGGGACACCGCCGGCAACGCCCCAUUUCAAAGAGGGCAGCUAAGCUACACCAGAUAGCCGCACGUCAGACACGCCAGACACGCCAUCGGCAGCAGACGAUAUGGGCGGUGCUCCCUGCGUCUCCCCCGCCGCUUCAACUAAGGGAACCCAACCCUCAAGCUCGUCGAAUCUUACGUCAGAUGCGGCAGCUUGAGACUGCUCGGCGCCAUACAUCAGCAGACAGCUCGACCGAUGAGGGUGGUCGCCAACAUCUCCCUUUACGGGUCAGCAAAAAUCCGGAUCCAUUGGCCAAGAAUCAGAGCCCUUCUGCCCGCAACCCGGCCAGUCGUCCUAUGAGUCACAAAACUUUUGGCAGAUCUAUAGGCAUAUCACCGGAGCAGAUGGUUGCAGGGGGUAAAAGUCAGAGCAUGGGAUCCCUUUACCACAAUACUGUGGCGGAUUACGGGACCUAG